AUGCCCCCAUCUAUAUUCCAGCAGAUAGUACUGCCAUACCUCGCACAGCGACCAAUAACUACUACAGCCCGUUUCGCACGUUUCUUUUCGUCCAAUAUCCCGAGGGCGAGAGCUCCGGCAAAUACCGACCCCUCCUCUUCCUCCACCUCGGUCACUCAUGCCUCUUCAUCAAGGCGAUGGGACUACGUCCCGCCCAUAGAACCGGUCGGGUAUAACACGGGUCACGAUCCUCCCGAGAGAGGGAGCAGGGCGGGGCCGGGCGCUCGCUUACGCCUGCCCAUACCGUAUACUCCUCUGCCGAAGCAGGGAGGUUCGGGGGAUGUUCUGGCGUUCCUCAAGAGCUUGGAGGAGCUCAAAGGGGCAAGGAAGACGACGCUGUUGAUGGCGUUGGAAAAGAUUGCGUCCAUCCCGGAGGAUUUGCUGGACAGGGAAGCGGAAGAAGGAAAGGUUGCUGUGAAGGGGAAGACAGAGAUGGGGGAAGGGAGGACAGGAAUGAACACAGGCAAGGCACGGAGGGAUGAGAACUCGCUUAAUCUGGUGGAGAUGUCUCAAUCGCCCAAUUUGGACGUAACCCCUUCAUCCUCCGCCGAACCGCCGGUAUCCCCGCUUAGCCCUGAGCUUCCAGUGACAGAUCCCCAACUCCAUCCCGACAAACCCAUCUUAUCUCCCGAUUUUACCCAAUAUCCACUGGUCAUCUACUCCCUGCUACGAACCCGCCUCUAUCGUCUGACGGUGUAUCACCUCCUCCAGACGCCCGAGUAUGCGGUGGAUCAGGCGCUCCUGGAUCGCGUGGCGGAAUACUUGAAGCGGGGCGGUGCGGGAAAGCUGGCGAGUCGGCUAGAGAAGGGAUGGGACGGUACUCUCCUACCUAGGGACUCAUCGGAUGCGGGCGCCUCCGAGGAGGAUCGGCCACCCACCCAUCCUAUCCCAUCCGAAUCGUCGCUCCGCCACGCCCCCAACGCCUGGCUCAUCCCCCGUCGCGCUGCGGCCCGUCCCCUCCCCCCACCCUCCUCCUCCACCCUCUCAUCCCUCACUGCCAACUACAAUUCCCACCUCACCCGCGCCCUCCUCUCGCCCAAGAAACGCUCUUCCUCUUCUACCCAAUCGAACAACCCCCUCUCUCCGCUCAACAACCUACUCACGACGAUACAGCCCCUCCAGCGCCCAUCGGGAGGGAUGCGCCAGCUCCGCCAGCUCCUGAGAAAGAUUGAAAGGCUCGAAGCGCAUCGCUCUUUCCGGCCCGAUUGGGUCACGGCGAAUCUGGUCGUCAAGUGCUGGAUGAGCUGUUUGAUGGCGGGUGGGCAAGGGUGGAGGGCGGGCUCGAAGAGGAAAGGAGGGGAAGGGGAGGAGGCGGAGAUUGAUAAGCGCAUGGAGUUGAGGGGGCUGUUUGCGUUUGUCAAGGUGCUGUUUGAGCGGAGGCUCGAGGAGCAGCUGGCACUGGGACCGACCUCAGAGGGGACGAGCGAUCCGGCAAUUGCAGAGGAAGGGACGAGCCCCGCUACUGCGCCGCCGUCUACCACGGCGACCACUCCGGCCCUACCUGGCCCCGCUUCGUACCCCUACCGACACACACUCUCCUACACAAAGCAUGUCCGCCCCUUUGCAAACGACCUCUUGCGGGCCCUUCGCCAGAUUGGUGAUCGGGACGGGUAUCACCAGGUCAUAGGAUGGCAGCGAGAAAUGCGCGAGCGGAUGGAGCCGGUCUAUGCCGAGUGGAAGGCGGGAAGUAGGAGUCAUAAGGGGCGCAAUGGUCCAUCUUGA